AUGAACUCCAACGCCGAUGAUCAUAAGCUGCAGACAUCUGAUAGAUAUAAACAACAGGAAAGGCGAUACCCUGCACCAGGAUCAUUUAUGGCCUCAGCUCGUAAGGCUGAUAACACAAUGCGGUCGUCUACAACUCAAACUAAGGGAGGAGGCCCUAUGUCACCAAAGGAAAAAUUGCCUCUUUUGAUGGAUAGCAAUGUUACUAUCAGAUCGCCACUUAGGAGAAGAGAGGGCAAUUAUGAUGAACAGUCCAUGGUAUCAGAAGAGGACUUAAUUCCACCUUAUGGAGCCCUUAAGAUUAGUGAUUUAAAUGAAGAGGAACACAUGGAUGACGAGGAGAUGCAUAAGGAAAGUAAAGGUGAAGACAACACUUUGUCAAAUGUUGAGGAUCUCCUUGGUUUGGAGCUCGCGGAAAUGGAGUAUAAUCGAUCCAUGCUGGAUGAUACCGAGCAUUCUUUGGCUGAGACUAAUGACUCAAUUCUUAUGAUUGAGGCUGCUCCAGCAAUGGGGUCUGGGGAGAAAGAUUUAGAUCCACCUAAAUCUGUUGCUCGGUCUCUUUUUAUUGGAAAUAAAAAGGAGAAUGGGAACAAAGGACAAGAGAACCAAAACCAGAAAUAUAAUAAUAGGUUUCAGUAUUGGGGUGAGCAUUUUGCUUCUUCUAAGCUUAAUCAUUUUCUGCUUUUGGAAAAGGAAGCACAAGCAAUCAAUAUUAAUUCCGAAGCCUAUUAUUUUAAUACUGAUGUCUUGAUUUUCUUUUGUCUGAAUGGAACAAUUGAUCAAGUAACAAGCCAAGCUUCCAUAAUGAGUGAGGUGGUAAUAUCAAGCAAGAGACACACAUUAGAAGAUAUAAACACAGAGGAUCUAGAGCUUCCACUGAUGGAUUUUGAAGCUAUCGCCAUCGCAACAAACAAUUUUUCUAACACUAACGAGCUUGGAAAAGGUGGAUUCGGUAUUGUUUACAAGGGAAGGUUACUUGGCGGGAAAGAAAUUGCGGUAAAGAGACUAUCAAAACUAUCUUUACAAGGGAAAGAUGAGUUUGAGAAUGAGGUUGGAAUAAUAGCAAGGCUACAGCAUAUCAACCUUGUCCGGCUUCUUGGUUAUUGCGUGGAUAAGGGGGAGAAUAUGCUAAUCUAUGAAUACCUGGAGAAUCUAAGCCUUGAUUCUCAUCUCUUUGACAAAAGCCGACGCGCCAAAUUAACUUGGCCACUGAGAUUUGAUAUAGCGAAUGGUAUUGCGAGAGGACUGUUAUAUCUUCACCAGGAUUCACGGUUUAGGAUCAUCCAUAGAGAUUUGAAAGUAAGUAAUGUCUUGCUUGAUAAAAAUAUGAUUCCAAAGAUCUCCGACUUUGGGAUGGCUAGGAUUUUUGGACGGGAUGAGACAGAAGCUAUAACCCGGAAGGUGGUCGGAACUUAUGGCUACAUGUCUCCAGAAUAUGCACUAAAUGGGAUAUUCUCGGUGAAAUCUGAUGUCUUCAGCUAUGGGAUCUUACUUCUUGAGAUUAUAAGUGGCAAGAGGAGUACAGGAUUUCACAACUCAUGUGGUGACCUUAGUCUCCACGGUUGGGUGUGGAGGAACUGGAAGGAAGGAAAAAGGCUAGACAUUAUAGAUCCAAUCAUAAUAGCCUCUAAGUCAUCAUCAUCAUCGUUCAAGACACAUGAAACCUUAAGAUGUAUACAUAUUGGUCUCUUAUGUGUUCAAGACCGUGCUGAAGACAGACCAGAGAUGUCAUCUGUAAUGGUGAUGCUUGGAAGCGAAACUACGACUCUUCCUGAGCCUAAACAGCCAGAGUUUUGCGUUGGCAGAGGUACUCUUGAGCCUGAAUUAAGUAAACAGGGUGAUGAUGAGUGGACAGUGAACCAAAUCACUCGCUCGGUUAUUGACGCUCGGUAA